CAACAAUACCAGGAAGCCUCGUUCGAAGCGCAGUACGCAACAUAUAGAGAGACAGUCGGAAACUGUUCAUCAGUUGAACAGGGAAUUAAAAUCGUAAAGUUUUAACUUUUGACAAAGCUGCAAACUGACUUCACCAUGGCGAUUGAAACGCUGAAUUCUGCAAAGGUGAAACUUGCCUUGCUGUGCUGUGCUGUUGGAUUUGUGAUUCAGGUUAUAGCAUUUGCUUCCCCCUACUGGUUCACCGGCUACAACAUCCAUGGCGGUUUGUGGCUUGUGUGUGGAGCUGGGACGUGUGUCGCCGCCCCCGACGGCUUGCCCAGUGUAUUCCACUGGGUGCAGGCUUUAGAGGCUAUUGCGUUUAUAUUCAGUGUUCUGGGAAUUGGUGUAGUAGCCUGGUUCCUCUUCAACCCUUCCCCUUUCAAGAUGAGACUUUGUCAGUCCUUCUUUAUCACAGCAGGUGCCCUAACAAUAAUCGGGGCGGUGACAUUCCUCGCCAAGAUCCUCGACGACAAAGCAUGGGCAGUCUACAUUGAGUUUCCCGCAGGCGUCGGACUCCUGUUAGCAGGAUUGUUCUCUUGGUCGGAGUACAGGAGGCUUCACAGUGCCAGUGAAUACCUACCUGUCCUAGGCUCCAAUAACAAAUGAACAUGAAAUACAGUCAACUCUCGUUAAUCCGACACUUGUGGUUGCAGACAAAUAUGUCGGAUUAACGAAAAUGUCGGAUUAAUGAAAAUGUCGGAUUAAUGUAUUUG